UUGUUUCCUGGAGUGGCUGAAAGAGAUCAGUUCUAACCUGCCCAGCAGGAAUAACGGUCCUUCCUCCAACUAUUUCUAAGGCUUAUUAUCAUUUUGCAAGGAUCCCGUUCUCUUAAAAACGCUUCUGUGCUUGUUUGCUGUCUGUCAGCCGAAGUCGCCAAGAAGACAGAAACGUAAACAAGCAGAUAUUGAGCCUGCGUGCUGCUGAUUCAAGGAGUCGAGCCCAUGCGAACUGCCAUCUGAUCCAGUCUUAUCAAUGAGGCAACUGAUCAUGGCGGAUGGCCCCAGGUGCAAGCGGCGAAAACAAGCCAACCCAAGACGGAAAAACGCAGUCUUGAGCUAUGAUAACCACGUCGAGACGGGUUCGGAGACGGAGGACGAGGAGAACAUGAACGGCGUGCCCAGCCCCUCGGCCAGCCCCGCACUGACCAAUCAGGAGGCCGGCUCCCCACUGGCCGACCAAUCCCUGCUCAGCAAGCACGAGGACGAGGAGGACGAGAUGAGGGACAGCGGCGUGGAGCAAAUGUGGCACGACAGCGACAUGCUGCGAGCCUCAGUCGAUGAUGAAAUGAAAGAUGACUUUGACACUAUGGGGCCUGAUGCCACUCUUCCGCCAGUUGGAAACGGUACAGUUAAGAAUGUUGAUUGCACUUCGGACUUCGAGGAGUUCUUCGCCAAGCGCAAGAUGGAGGACAGCGAGAGCCACGUGGCGUCCAUAGCGGAGUACCUCCAGAGGGGGGACACGGCCAUCAUCUACCCCGAGGCCCCUGAGGAGCUCUCCCGCCUGGGCACGCCCGAGGCCAACGGCCCCGAGGAGAACGACCUGCCACCUGGAACUCCAGAUGCUUUUGCGCAACUGCUGACCUGCCCCUACUGCGACCGGGGCUACAAGCGCUUGACAUCGCUCAAGGAGCACAUCAAGUACCGGCACGAGAAGAACGAGGAGAGCUUCGCCUGCCCGCUGUGCAACUACACCUUCGCCUACCGCACCCAGCUCGAGCGCCAUAUGGCCACACACAAGCCGGGAAGAGAUCAGCACCAAAUGUUGAACCAGGGGGCUGCUGGCAACCGCAAGUUCAAAUGCACCGAGUGUGGGAAGGCUUUCAAGUAUAAGCACCAUCUGAAGGAGCACCUGCGCAUUCACAGUGGUGAGAAACCGUACGAAUGCCCAAACUGCAAGAAGCGCUUCUCGCACUCCGGCUCCUACAGCUCGCACAUCAGCAGCAAGAAAUGCAUUGGCCUGAUCACGGUCAACGGCAGGAUGCGCAACAACAUGAAGACCAGCUCCUCGCCCACCUCGGCUUCUUCCUCCCCCACCAACACCGCCAUUACCCAGCUGCGGCACAAGCUCGAGAACGGCAAGCCGCUUGGCCCUGGGCCGGACCAGUCCAACCACAUGAGCAUCAAAACCGAACCACUGGACUUCAAUGACUACAAGAUGAUGAUGGCCUCGCACGGGUUUGGCCACGGCGGCCAUGGUGGCCAUGGUGGCCAUGGCGGUCCCGGCGGUCCCUUCAUGAACGGCGGCAUGGGUGGUGGCGGCGGAAGCCCCAUGGGAGGAGGGCUUCCUCCGGUCCACAACUCUGCCCAGAGCCCCUUGCAGCACAUGGGGAUGAGCCUGGAGUCACAGCUGCUGGGCUACCCGCACCUGGCCAACAACCUGAGCGAAGUGCAGAAGGUGCUGCAGAUCGUCGACAACACUGUGUGCAGGCAAAAGAUGGACUGCAAGCCCGAGGACAUCUCAAAGCUGAAGGCCUACAUGAAGGACCUGAGUGCCCAGAUGGAGGAGCAGAAGCAGGCUCUGACCUCCGCCGGAGGUGCGCCCGGGGUGGGGCUGCCCGUGGUGAACCACAACGGCGCCACCAAGAGCAUCAUCGACUACACGUUAGAGAAGGUGAACGAAGCCAAAGCUUGCCUGCAGAGCUUGACCACGGACUCAAAGAGACAAUUUCAGAGCAAUAUCAAAAAGGAGAGGCCGAACCACGUAGUAGACCUAGGUACAGACGAGAAGAAACACAACAACAACGACAACAGCUUAAUGUUUACACCCUACUCUUGCCAAUACUGCAAAGAGACCUUCACAGGUCCCAUUCCCCUGCACCAACACGAGCGCUACCUGUGCAAGAUGAACGAGGAGAUCAAGGCAGUGUUGCAGCCUACCGAGAACAUGACACCCAACAAGCAGGGCAUGAACUUCGGGGACAAGCACGCCAUGUUGCACUCGUCCAUCAUCUCCGAGAAGGCCAUGAUGGGACCCGUCAAUCCGUACAAGGACCACAUGUCAGUUCUCAAGGCAUACUUCGCCAUGAACAUGGAGCCCAACUCCGAGGAGCUUCUGAAGAUCUCCAUCGCCGUGGGUCUCCCUCAGGAAUUCGUGAAGGAGUGGUUCGAGCAGAGGAAAGUGUACCAGUUUGGUAACGCCCGGACGCCUCCCUUGGACAGGGGCAACAUGGAGGUGGGGCUCCCGCCUAGCAACCACACCCCAAUCAAAGACUCCAUGGCUGCCAGGUCGCCGGUGUCCCUUGUGAAGCCGCCGGACCAUCACCACCACCACCACAUGACUUCCCCAUCCCUGGCAGAGCUCCACAACAACAUCCACAACAACAACUGCGACGCUCCACUGCGGCUCUCCAAAAGUGCCCAGUUCGGCAGCGGAGGCAGUGUUGGCGGCAGCAUCGUCGGCGGACCCAAAGCGAUGGCAGACAAACUGGACCACUCCAGGAGCAACACUCCGUCUCCACUGAACCUCUCGUCUGCCUCGUCGAAAAACUCCCACAGCAGCUCCUAUACGCCAAACAGCUUCACGUCCGAGGACCUUGGAGGACCUGGAGGACAGGCUGAACCACUGGACCUAUCACUGCCAAAACACCUGAUGAUGAGGGAGCACAAGCACGUGCUGACCAUGAAGAGCCACCCCAAGCCCAACAGCCUGCCAGUCGACCACAACAACGUAACCUCCCCACGGGAACACUUCGAGGAGCCCUUGAACCUGGCCUACCUGUCCAAGAAGGACUUUGCAGGCUCCAAUGUCGCCAUCAACAUGAACGGCCAUCAUGGCAACGGUCCCACCCACAACACCCCCAAUGGCAAUGGAAACCUUGACAAAAGCACUAGCCACAUGUUUGGCAUCAACCCCUUCAACGCCAAACCACUGUACUCACCUUUACCGCCGCAGAGUGCAUUUCCUCCACCCACCUUCAUGCCCCCGGUGCAGGCCAGCAUCCCGGGCUUGAGGCCCUACCCAGGGCUGGAUCAGAUGGGCUUCCUGCCACACAUGGCCUACACGUACGCAGCAGGGGCGGCCACCUUUGCUGAGAUGCAGCAGAGACGGAAGUACCAGCGAAAGCAAGGUUUCCAGGGGGAGCUGCUUGAUGGAACAGCAGAGUAUCUGUCAGGCCUGGACGACAUGACAGAUUCAGAGUCCUGUCUGUCGAGGAGGAAGAUUAAGAAGACUGAAAGUGGUAUGUACGCGUGUGACUUGUGCGACAAAACAUUCCAGAAGAGCAGUUCCCUCCUAAGACACAAAUAUGAGCACACAGGUAAGAGGCCCCACCAGUGUCAGAUCUGCAAGAAGGCCUUCAAACACAAGCACCACCUGAUCGAGCACUCGCGCCUCCACUCGGGCGAGAAACCGUAUCAGUGUGACAAGUGCGGCAAGCGCUUCUCCCACUCGGGCUCCUACUCGCAGCACAUGAACCACCGCUACUCCUACUGCAAGAGGGAGGCGGAGGAGCGCGAGGCGGCCGAGCGCGAGGCCCGGGAGAAGGGUCACCUGGAGCCCACGGAGCUGCUGAUGAACAGGGCCUACCUGCAGGGCAUCACGCCAUCACAGGGCUACCCGGACCUGGAGGAUCGGGACCGGGACCGGGAGAGAGAGAGAGAACGGGAGAGGGAACAUGAAAGGGAACGGGAAAGAGAGCGAGAGAGGGAGAGGGAGAGGGAUCGCGAGCGGGAGGCCAUUCUGCUACGCGAGGGCAUGAACGUGAACGGAGGCAUGAGAGAGCGCCCGAAGGAAGUAGACGGAACGUACGCGAAGAUGACGACGACGACGGGACGGCGAGAGGACGAGUUUGAGGAGGAGGAGGAGGAGAGCGAGAACAAGAGCAUGGACACGGAUCCAGACACGUUGAGGGACGAGGAGGAGAACGGAGAGCACUCCAUGGACGAAAGUUCGGUCGACGGGAAAACAGAAACCAAAUCGGAUCACGAGGACAAUAUGGACGACGGCAUGUAAUAAAACUACUGCAUUCAAAAGCUUCCCACGUCUCUUAGCGCCCAGCCCAGCCCAGCCACCAUGAACACAACACUCUUGUCCAUUCAUUUACAUACUUUUUUUAAAAAAGAAAUAUUGUUACCUUGUUGCUUGAUUUCGUUUCAAAACACGAUGCUGUGUUGGGGCUGAACAUGCACGUGCCUGGAGCUUCAGGGAAGCUUGUGUUGACGGACUCAAAAAAGGGAGGGGGGUUGGCAGGGUGGUCAAAUCUGCUCUCAUUCACACACACACUGAUUGGACUUAAGAACUGGGAGGUGGGUUUGGGAUGGGCAUGGAGCUGGGGUUGGGGGUUGAUAUGGGUGUGGAUGGGACUGGGUAAGGGUAAGGGUAUGGGAAGGGUGUUGUGUAUGAAGCUGUGUUAUGCAAAAAGAAUACAAAAAGAAUAAAUAAUUUACAUUUUAAAAAUUGUACAGUAGUAAGGCCUAAAACCAUGUGCGGUGCUAACAUCCUAAAAAGAAGAAAAAACCCUGUGUUCCAUUGUAUUUAUAGCACAAACUAGUAACUUGUACAAAUUGCACUCUGCUUCUAUAAUCACUACAAAAAAUAAUAAAAAAUUAUUGCCUAUGUAUAUUUAUACAGUGUUGAGAAGACGAAGAUGAAGAAAAAAAAAUGAAUCUGUGGUUUCCCCACUGCAGUCAUCAGUAUUAUUGCUUAUCUUUUACUCCAUAUGUUGUCUAUGGUUUUGCCCUUGUUGUAUGGCCAGUUAGCCACACACUCGUAGGCCUCAGUAUUUCUUUAUGUGAAGGAAUUCACCACAUACCUGUGUGAUUUCAAGGUAUUGAAGUCUUAAAGUAGACAGUGUUGAGGAAGUGUAAUGGUCUGGAGACUAAAAUGAAGGACACAAAAAAGAAAAGAUGUGAACAAAGAGGGAGAAAGCCUUUGUAAGGUGUUUUUUAAUUUUAAAAAAGCCUUAUAUGCAAACCUUUUAAUCUGUGUGUUUUCUGCAAGUGCCAUCCUUGUAUAGUGUAAAAGGGAGGUGGGCUGUGUCACCUUUCCGCACCAGCUUCAGUAUUAAGAAGAGAAAUUAGUUCACCCUAUUCUUGGAGCAUCCAUGACAGUAUUAGAAGAAUAGGCAGCAAUUCCUUAGUUUACAUAUGUUUGUGCAAUUUUCUGUAUUUUUUUUAUUUCCUCUAUUUUUUUGUCAGUAUUACACCAAACCAUUUUGCAAGAACAAAAUUGCAUUCAUUUUAUUUGUAGGUUAAAUAACAUUUAUUUAUGUGGCCCAUUUUGUAUUUCUUAAUUUUAUUUAUUUCAUACUGUAGUGUACAGUAUUAUAGUUCUUCAAUAUAUAGAUAUAUUUUAGUAAAAAGGAACAUGGCGUCGAUCAUUGAGGCAAAUUUUACGUAAAAGAGAGCAUUUAUUGUGUUUUGAAACAUUAAUUGUGAAAUGCGAAUUUUCAACUUAUUAUUAUUUUUGUUUUAUUUCUUUUAUUUUCCAGUUACUGGAAAUUCCAAAUUUGGGAACUUUUGAUACGAUAUUGUGAAAACACUGUAUUUUCGACUGAAAAAAAAAAUUCCACUUUCUUCAUCUUGUUUUUUUAGCUAAAAAACUGAAGAGGGACUGUUAAAAUACAAUGUAUGAUACCAUGACAGAAAAAAAGAAUCUUUCCUGAAAUGUCUUUGUAAAAGUAUUAUUGAAUUUUUAAUUUGUAAUUUCUCUUGGAAAUGACCAUGCUCGAAUAAAAGUAGCCAAAUUAA